AUAAAGUACAAUACCAUUAACAUGUGUUACUACUACUAAUAGAUGGAAUAGAUGGAAAACAGAAAAGCUAACACAGUGGUCUUGAAAGGCUCCAGACAAUAAAACUUCUUGAGUAAAAGAGGACUUGCUUCAUUGCCUGAGCAAUAUAACCCAUUGUCUUAUAAGUCUAUAAUAUAUAAUAACAUCGAAGUCAUGAAUUUGAGAUGGGCAGUCCUAUAAAUUGAAAUAUGAAAUUUAAAUAAAUAAGGGCUCAACCACAGGGAAAACUGGAAGAGCUGUCAAAUGCACUGGUAGGAAUUAAUGCUUUAUGUACAGGAUAGGCUAUGUAAGACUUUGAAUUCAGAAAACAAAGGUGGAUGGCCUCAAAUUGUAGUUUCUUGUGUUACGCAGUGCACUUCUCAGCCAUGGGAGGGGGGGAAUGUUGAUUCACAACAGAUAAAUAAAUUCAGAAUAGCUCAAAUUAUUGAGAGGAUGAUAAGUGGUAACAAAAAAAAGUUGCAUUAAAAAGUUGCAUUAAAAAGAGGUGCCUUACUGUCCCUGUCCCUUGUAUUCGUAUUCAUAUCAUGUAUUCAUAAUCAUGUCUAUACUUAACAUCUGUUAUCUAAUUCAUGCUUGACGAAAUAAAAUAAAGAAACUAUCUUGCACUCGCGGUUUGCUCCCAAACCAGCUUCGAAAAGGGCGCCUCGGUUGCGGAAAAGAGGUGGGCACGCCUGACGCUUUGGCACCCAACACCUGCAGGCGCCUCUCAGGGGCUGCGGGCGGCGGUUUGUUUAGCACAGCUGGCAACUCGCGCGCGCGCGCGCACACACACACACACACAUACAAACAGAGGCUCUCCGGAGCCUUCCUGGACUCCCCGAACUCCGAUCCACCCAUCCUCCGGUCUUCCAGGUUUCCCGCCCAACCGUCGCCAGCAGAGCCCGUGAGGUCAGCGACGGCGGCGCGUCGAAUGAGCUGUCUGGGCUGAGAAAAAGGGGUGGCCGGUGGGCGGGGUGGCUCGGGCAGGCGCAGUGUGGGGCCCCGCUGAGGGAAGAAGGCGGGGCGGGGGCGGGGGGAGGGGCAGGAGGGAGAGAGUGGGCGGCAGGCAGAUCGAGCGCCGCCAACGUCUUCCCCUCCCCCUCCCCCUGAGACGUCGAAGAGGAAAUAUCCUCACGUCUCCCCCCGCUUCAACUCUUGUUUCUGUGGGGAGGGGGGCAAAGCGAAGUGUGUGUGUAUUGGAGGGGGGCGCCGCCUCUAAAGGCGGCGCGAAGCCCUUCCUUGCGGCGUCCGCGACGUCGAAGGUGGCUGCCCGGCAACCGCCACCUCAGGCGGGGGAGGGGGGGCGGGCAGCCCGUCAGUCAGUCAGCCGGGCCGUCAUGUCACGUGCAACACCCUCCGAGGCAGAGACGACGCUACCCCCCUCCCCCACCCGCUCCAACUUCCUGGCUCGCGGCCGGGCCUGAGGGGACCGAGAGAAGGGAGAAGCGGCCCCAGGCCCUCCCCCCCUCCCGUGUGACACCAUAGACGCACAUGUAUGCCACACGCGGGCGCGCGCGCUCUCUCAGACACAUAGACACACACACACACAGGGAGGGAAACCUAACCGCCCCCCCCGCGCGCGCGCCUGUCCGCCCUGCUUUCUCGCUCCUCCGUCUUCCCUCAGCAGCAGCUGGAGGAGCUGUCAAAACUUCCAUCUCCACCCGCCCGUCCGCCGCCGCCGCCUCCACUUCCCGCGAGGGCGGGGGGAAAAGGGGGAGGAAGGGCGCCCGGCCAACGUUACAAGGAAGCGGCGGAACUCCACAGCCUGAGCGCAGCUCUCGGAGGCCCGCCCGCCCGCGAGCGAGCGCGCCCCAGAGGAGAAGGCGUCGGCCGUGUGCCCCCCCCCCGCUCCGUUCCCCUCCCCUCCGUCCUCCGAGCCUCUCCGAGGGGGUCUAAUUGCGGUGUGGCUGAGGCGGGCCCUCCUCUCCUCCUCCCCAUGCGGCUACCUGCGCGCUGGUCCGCGGCGGCUGAGGCCAGCGAUGCGAGGCGGAGGUAGAGGAGGAGGCGCAGGAGGCGGUCGUGGUGGUGGCCGAGGAGGACCCGCAGGAGAAGGGGAGCCGCAGCAGCCUCCGCCGCUGCUGCUGCCGUGGCCGUUGGAGCAGGAGGAGCGUCGCCCUCGUCCUGCCGCCGCACUCUCGCCGUCCCCGCUCGCCGCCCUCCAUGCUUCUCCCCCGUCCGGCUGACCAGGAUGUCAACCGAGCAGCAGAGCCUGACGCCGCCGCCGCUCCGAGAGCCGGGGGUUUCCCCCACGGCCGCGGCCGCCGCGACAGACAAAAGACCGAGGGGCCGGCCUCGUAAAGAUGGCGCUUCCCCUUUCCAGAGAGUCAGGAAGAAGCCUCGAAAUAGAGGAAAACCUACGGUGGAGGAUGAAGACAGCAUGGAUGGAUUGGAGGCAACAGAAACGGAAAACACUGUGGAAGUUGCAGAUACCAGGGAACAAUUUACAGAGGAGGAUGCCCAAAGUGAAGUGGACGAUGACAAGAAGGCAACCCCAGAUCUCCAGUGCUCAGUCUCUGUGGACUCUGCCAACACCAAUUGUUCGAUUGGGGUUGAAGCAAAAAGCAGCAGUGAACAGGUCUGCGCUUUUUGUUACUGUGGGGAACGCAGCUCAUUAGGACAAGGCGAGCUUAAACAAUUCAGUCCAACUCCAGGGUUUAUUGCUCCAUGGAACAACCAGCCCUUAAAUAUCAAUGAAACUGUUGACAGCAACGAUACCAUUGAUGAGAGUAUUCCAAGGCAGAACCCAGUCCUCCACAAAGCAAGAGGACAAAAAAAAAAAGAACAGAAUAUAACAGCCUGUACCUGUAUAAACAUUGAAGCUACUCCUGAUGAUCAGGUAGUCAAAGUCUGGGAUGAACUUAGAAUGGUUGGCUUACCAGAUGACAUUGAUGUCCAAGCCUUAUUUGAACCAACAGGCUAUUGUUGGGCUCAUCACCGCUGUGCGGAAUGGUCACUGGAAGUUUGCCAGACAGAAGAGCAGCUGCCAGCGAACGUGGACAAAGCUGUUGUCUCAGGGAGCACAAAACGAUGUGCAUACUGCAAGCACCUUGGAGCCACUAUCAAAUGCUGUGAAGAGAAAUGCACCCACAUAUAUCAUUACCCAUGUGCUGCUGGAGCAGGCACAUUUCAGGAUUUUAAUAACUUUUCCCUUCUUUGCCCAGAUCACAUCGACCAGGCUCCGCAAAGAUCCAAGGAAGAAGCUAACUGUGCAGUGUGUGACAGCCCAGGUGACCUGUUAGAUCAACUUUUUUGUACAACCUGUGGCCAGCAUUACCAUGGAAUGUGCCUGGAUAUACAAGUGACACCUAUCAAACGGGCAGGUUGGCAGUGCCCUGAUUGUAAAGUGUGCCAGAACUGCAAGCAGUCUGGAGAUGACAACAAAAUGCUUGUCUGCGAUACAUGUGACAAAGGGUAUCAUACUUUUUGUUUGCAGCCAGUUAUGGAUUCUGUACCAACAAAUGGGUGGAAGUGCAAAAACUGCAGGGUAUGUGCAGAAUGUGGCACACGGAUCAGUAGCCAAUGGCAUCAUAACUGCCUUAUGUGUGACAGUUGUUAUCGUCAACAAGAUAACCUGCCUUGCCCUUUCUGCGAAAAAUCCCCCUAUCCAAACUUGCAAAAAGAAAGGUUGCAUUGUCAUAUGUGUAAAAGGUGGAUACACAUAGGAUGUGAUAAGCCUUCUGACAAUGAACUGGAUAUUCAUUUAAAAGAAUAUAUUUGCAGUCUUUGCAAACAUUCAGAUGUAGAUCAAGAACAUACAGAAAUGUGUGAGAUGAUGGAGACUGAACAACUUUUACCUGAAGUUGACACAGAAAUGGAAAACAUAGAUUCAGAAGACAUAGGAAAUCAGAAGCCGUUAGUACCUGAAGGUGGCCUUGAUCAAGAAUUGGUGGUUGAGUCUUCUACAGAUACUGCCCUUUCUUUGACAGCACAAGAUCAUAUAUGCCUCUCAUUAGAUGAAAAGAAAUACGAACUGGAGACCCAGGUCUCCAAUCAUUUUGAUACAGAAGAAGGGGAAACUUCUGUUAAAAAUACUCCUGCGUCUGAUAGCAAUCUCUCUGAUAAAAAGAGGGAAACCCCAGAAAAUAUUCCAGAAAUAACACAGCAAGAAUCAGGUAAACAAGCUGAAGAAACAAAACCAUCAGAGACAAGCACUGAGUUGGUGGAAGUGCCCCAGGAGGAAUGUCAGCUUCUUCAGAUGGAACCAGAGAAUAUAUCCAAGAUACCUGAAACUUUCAUUUUGGUCGGCAAAGAGCCAAUCUCCAGUCCUAAGGAAGAACAGUCUGAAACAGUAGCAGUUCUAGAAAGUACAAAUGGAAGAGAGACUCCUGAAGUGUCACCUCUUCCUCAAAGUGAAAGUUGUGCAACCGAGAGUUGCCAAUUGGCAGACAAACCUUCCGAACCAUCGCCCAAGAUGUUUUCCCCACGCCCAUCCUCUGUUGAAAUAAGCAAACCUGUUGAUGGAUCCUCCUUGCCAACAUCUUCAUUAGAGCCAAGUGCAUCCCAUGAUAUGCUGCGAUGUCAGAUGUCACCAUUAGAGUCUGCUGCGGUCCUUCCAACCACAUUUGUAUCCCUCACUCCAAAAAUUGGAAUGGGAAAACCUGCUAUCACUAAAAGAAAGUUUUCUCCCGGGAGACCAAGGUCAAGACAGGGUACUUGGAAUAGCCAUAAUACAGCAAGCCCACCUUCCUGGUCCCAGGAUAUUUUAGAGGGUCGAGAAGCAUUUAAAUCUAGACAACUACCUGGCAGUGCUAUUUGGAGCAUCAAAGUGGGUCGUGGAUCGGGGUUUCCAGGGAAGCGGAGACCACGAGGUGCAGGACUUUCUGGAAGAGGUGGGCGAGGGAGAUCAAAAUUGAAGAAUGGAAUAGGAUCAAUUCUUGCUACAGGGGUCACAGAUAUGGAUAACUUAUCCAACAAAGAUGAAGAAGAAAACUCAAUGCAUAAUACAGUUGUCCUGUUCUCUAGCAGUGACAAGUUUACUUUACAUCAGGACAUGUGUGUAGUUUGUGGGAGUUUUGGACAAGGUGCAGAAGGCCAAUUACUAGCCUGCUCACAGUGUGGUCAGUGUUAUCAUCCGUUCUGUGUGGGUAUUAAGAUUACAAAAGUGGUGCUCCACAAGGGUUGGAGAUGUCUGGAGUGUACUGUUUGUGAAGCCUGUGGAAAGGCUACAGAUCCAGGAAGGUUACUUCUUUGUGAUGACUGUGAUAUCAGCUACCACACUUACUGCCUGGAUCCACCACUACAGACAGUUCCCAAAGGAGGUUGGAAGUGUAAAUGGUGUGUUUGGUGCAGACACUGUGGAGCUACUUCUCCUGGUUUAAGAUGUGAAUGGCAAAAUAAUUACACACAGUGUGCUCCUUGUGCAAGUUUAUCCACCUGCCCAGUCUGCUGUUGCAAUUACAGAGAAGAAGAGCUUAUUGUGCAGUGCAGGCAGUGUGACAGAUGGAUGCACACUGUCUGUCAAAAUUUAAACACAGAAGAAGAAGUGGAAAACACAGCAGAUAAUGGUUUUGACUGCACCAUGUGUAGACCGUAUAUGCCAUCAGCAAAUGUGCCUUCCUUUGAAUUUUGUGAAUCAUCCAUUGCAGCCCAAAUUCCAUUAAAAGCAAAGGAACUUGACCCACCGAAGACGUACACUCAGGAUGGUGUCUGUUUGACCGAAACAGGGAUGUCUCAGUUACAGAGCCUCAGUGCUAUUGUACCAAGAAGGAAAAGGGCAAAGCCAAAGCUGAAGUUGAAGAUUAUAAACCAGAAUAGUGUCGCUGUACUUCAAACACCACCUGAUGUCCAAUCAGAACAUUCAAGAGAUGGUGAGAUGGAUGACAGUAGAGAAGGAGAUCUUAUGGAUUGUGAAGGAAAAUCAGAUACAAGUCCUGAACGAGAACCUAUAGAUGAUGAUCCUAAGGGAAUAGAAGCAACUGAAGGGAUCAAAAAAAGAAAGAGAAAGCCAUAUAGACCUGGCAUUGGUGGAUUCAUGGUACGGCAGCGGAGUCGUACAGGACAAGGAAAAAUUAGAAGAUCUCUCUCUAGAAAAGAUUCUUCUGGUUCUGUAUCUGAGCAAAUACUCAGCAGAGAUGAAAGUUGGAGUGAACAACUGCCUGAUACACUUGUGGAUGAAACUAUGUCUGUUUCUGAAAAUAUGGAAAAAAUGAAAAAACGUUAUAGGAAAAAGAAAAAUAAGCUUGAGGAAAUUUUUCCAGCGUAUUUGCAGGAAGCCUUCUUUGGAAAAGAACUUUUGGAUACUAGCAGGCAAAGCAAGCCACGUUUGGAUAAUUUUUGUGAUAAAAGCCUCAGCAUUUCCUGCAAAGCAAGACUGAACACCAACUUCUUGGACCCAUCUUCAGAUCCACUUUUGAGUUCGACUUCGACUUCCACUCCCUCAAAAUCUGGUGCACAAGGUACUCUGGAUGACCCAUUAGCUGCCCUUGUGCUGAACACUGAGGAUGACAUCCUUGGAAUUCUCUCAGAUGAUUUAGUGAAACCUGGGGAAAAUUCAGCUGGACUAGAUAUUGGGCCUAUCACUGAUGAUCCUUCGACCUCCCUGCCUCUGCAGAACGUUAGCCAGAGUACCCGGCCACUGAGUGAAGAACAGUUAGAUGGGAUCUUGAGCCCAGAAUUGGACAAGAUGGUCACAGAUGGUGCAAUUCUUGGUAAAUUAUAUAAGAUUCCAGAACUGGGAGGAAAAGACGUGGAAGACUUAUUUACUGCUGUACUGAGUCCUGCAGCCACACAGACAGCUCCUUUGCCACAGCCUCCACCCCCACCUCCACCACAGUUAAUGCACUUGCACAACCAAGGGGAGAAUGCAUUUUCAAGAAUUCCACUUAUGAAUGGCCUAAUUGGACAAACUCCUCAUCUCCCUCAUACACCCUUAGUGCCUGGAGGUGGAUUAGGAACUUUCACUACUAUAACACAACCAUCCUACACCGAUACCAGAGAUAAAAACACAGUAUUUAAUGCAGUGAUUAAUGAUCCUACCAAUCCUUGGAUUGCAACUGCAACGCCUUUGGAAGGAGAAAAUGAUACCAUGUCUAAUGCACAGAGGAGUACUCUGAAAUGGGAAAAAGAGGAAGCACUUGGUGAGAUGGCAACAGUAGCACCUGUUUUAUACACAAAUAUCAAUUUUCCAAACCUCAAAGAAGAGUUUCCAGACUGGACUACCAGAGUCAAGCAGAUUGCCAAGCUAUGGAGAAAGGCAAGCUCUCAAGAAAGAGCCCCAUACGUGCAAAAAGCCAGAGAUAAUAGGGCUGCUUUACGGAUUAACAAAGUACAAAUGUCCAAUGAUUCAAUGAAGAGGCAGCAACAGCAGGAUAACAUUGAUCCUGGAUCUCGUAUUGAAACUGAUCUCUUCAAGGAUCCAUUAAAACAGAGAGAAUCUGAACAUGAGCAAGAAUGGAAAUUUAGGCAGCAAAUGCGUCAAAAAAGUAAACAGCAAGCUAAAAUUGAAGCAACUCAGAAACUUGAGCAAGUGAAAAAUGAGCAGCAGCAACAGCAGCAGCUGCAGCAGCAACAGCAGCAGUUGCAGCAGCCACAACUAGGAUCACAACAGCUUGUAAACCAAUCAGGCUCAGAUACCCCUAGCAGUGGGAUGCAAAGUCCUUUAACCCCUCAGACCAGCAAUGGAAAUAUGUCUCCUGCACAGCAAGCAUUAUAUGCAAAACAGCUGCCUGGUCCUUCUACAGCUACUCCUCCUGAUGUUUUCCUAAAACCCCCAGCCCCACCUCCACCUAUGACUGCUAAUCGAAUGUCUGCUCAAGAAGGUCAUUGUCAGACUCCACAACAAACAUUCUCUUCUUCCCCCUCCGCUCAGCCACCUUCUCCAGUUGACCCAUAUGCAAAAAUGGUGGGAACUCCCAGGCCACCACCUGUUAGCCAAAAUCCAAAAUUUGUCAGGAGAAAUUCUGCUACGCCAGCAGAGGCCUGUCCACUGCCUUCGAUAUCCAGGCCAACUCAAGUUUCUGAAUCAAUGGGAAGGAGACCAUCACCAGCCAGAGAUCCGUGUUCUUUGUCUCCAGGCACUAGUGAUCCUUAUGCAAAACCUCCAGAUACACCGAGACCUGUAAUUGGAACAGAACAGUUCUCUAAACCUUUGGGGAUGUCAAGAUCACCUUUAAUUUCAGAACAGCCAGCAAGCAGUGACCAAUUUGCUAAGCCACCUCCAAGAACAGGAGGUGAUACUUUUCAGAGACCACGGAUCUCUUCUACUGAUUCAUGUUUACGGCCUUCAUUAACUUCAACAUCUGUUAUUGAAGGGCAUUCCAGCCCAUUUAAAACACCAGCGUGCCCAAAUCCAUCUUCUCAAGAUUCUUACACAAAAAUGCCACCUACUUUAAGGAGAGUAGCUGUGGAUCCUUAUGAAAGGCCUCUUUUGACACCAAGGCCUGUAGAUAGUUUUGCACACAAUCCAUCUAAUGAUUCUUACAGCCAGUCUCAGUUGGCUUCGCACUCGGCAAUAAAGGAUACUUUUGCCCAUCCACAAAGAGUGUUGCGAAAUCAGGGUGAUUAUUCUGGAGCUCUUUCAAGGACAGUUGCUCAGGAUCCAUAUGCCCAGCCUCCUGGCACCCCUCGCCCAGUCACAGACCCUUAUGCCCAGCCUCCUGGCACCCCCCGACCUGCUUCAGAUCUUUAUGCCCAGCCUCCUGGCACCCCUCGCCCAGUCACAGACCCUUAUGCCCAGCCUCCUGGCACCCCUCGCCCAGUCACAGACCCUUAUGCCCAGCCUCCUGGCACCCCUCGCCCAGUCACAGACCCUUAUGCCCAGCCUCCUGGCACCCCUCGCCCAGUCACAGACCCUUAUGCUCAGCCUCCUGGCACCCCUCGACCUGUUUCAGUUGACCCAUAUAUGCAUCAGUCACUUGCAUCAAGACCUCCACAGGCUGCAGACUUAUUUGCUCAGGUUUCAGCUAAUCAGAGGCAUUCUGAUCUGUAUGCCCAGCCUCCAGGUACACCAAUGCCAGUUACUAAUGAUCUGUAUUCUCAGUCACCAGCAACUCAAAGAUCUGGAAUUUCAGAAACUUUCAGUAGACCUAUUCCCAUGUCAAAUCGUGAUCCUUAUCUGCAGGCAUCUCAGAGCAGGACUUUAUCUGGGACUUUUGUCAAGCCAUCAGAUCCUUCUCAAUCUUCAAAGCUAUCAGGGUCUACAGUGGCAGAUUCUUUUAGCCACGACCCCUCACCUUGUGAUCCUUUUGAUCAGCCUCCAAUGACUCCAAGAUCUCAACCCGAAACCUUUGGAACAGUUCAGCACCCCCAAGAUGACCAAUCUAGAAGUGGGCCAGAGGGAAAUUUCAAUUCCUCAGUAAAUUCAUCCAUGAAUUUGCAGGGAAAACUAUUUUCACAGACCACACAAGGUUCUGUCCCAGGCCCAACUGCGGGACUAACCCAGAACAGCGCAAUGUCUCAUACAGAUGCAGAGAAAUUAAGACAGCGCCAGAAGUUACGUGAAAUUAUUCUUCAGCAGCAGCAACAAAAGAAAAACGCAAUCCGUCAAGAAAAAGCCCCACCAGAGCCUAUUGUAGCAACUCCAGUGGCACCUAUUCAGCCAUGGCAGCAAGAAAAUCUGAAUCAAAUUUUCACCCGACCACCACCUCCAUAUCCUGGCAACAUUAGACCAUCUACCAUUCCUCCAGGUGGACUAAGGCUGGCAGGUUUUCCUAUUGAUGGGCAACUGAAUAGACCUCAAUUUCCAGGAGAUGCUGUUGGCAUGGGGAUGAGGCCUCAUGGAAUUAGAUUUGGCUUUCCCAGUGGUAGCCAUGGACCUCCCCCUUGCCAAGAUCAUUUUCUUGGUCCAUCACCACAAAUGCAACAUGCUGGUGUCCCACCACAGUUUAGAAGAUCCAUGCCUAUAGAUCUGCCUAGGCUACCUAACAAACCACCAAUGAAUAAUCCCAUUGGUUUGCCACAGCAUUUCCCACCGCAAGGUAUCCAGGUUCAACAGCACAAUAUAAUGGGGCAGGCCUUCAUUGAGCUUUGUCAUAGAGCGCCUGAAGUCAGACCAAGACUGCCUUUUAUUUCUUCAUCAACUACUAUUAUGAACACUGUUCCUGAGCAUCAACAACAAACUGAAAUUCUACCUAGACAGGAUCGUCAGGGCCCAAGACAUCUAGAACCCACCAGAUGUAAUUCUCAAAAUCCAGAUAAUCCGUUGCAGAGUUCAACAGGUUUGGAGCAUUUAGCACCAUCCCAGCAGGAUAAAAUGAAUCCAUCUCAUCCACCUGCACUAGUCAUGUGUUCCUUAAAUCAUCCAUCAAUAAAUAAUGCAUUUUCAGGAGACUCUUUGCCAACCACAAGACCUACUGAUGCAACAAAUGACUUACAAGUGCCCAGUCAGCCCACUGAUACCUUAGAAGAGAAACUCGAUCCUGAUGACCCCUCUGUGAAAGAUUUAGAUGUUAAAGACCUUGAUGGUGUUGAGGUUAAGGAUUUGGUUGAUGAAGAUCUUGAAAAUUUAAAUUUAGAUGCGGAAGAUAAAGGUGAUGAAUUGGACACAUUAGAUAAUCUUGAAACUAAUGACCGUCAUCUUGAUGAUCUUCUGAGAUCAGGAGAAUUUGACAUAAUUGCAUAUACUGAUCCAGACCAUGAUUUGGGUGACAAGAAGGGUAUGUUCAAUGAAGAGCUGGAUCUUAAUGUCCCCAUAGAUGAUAUACAGGCCAAGGCAGAAGACAGUCUGCAAAAACAUUCAGAUGAUAAGACUUCUGUUCCUGAAGUGUCUGUUCCUACUCAGAAAAAAGCUGCUGAGAGCAUUGAGACUAAAACAGAAAUGCUUUCUCCAAUUGAAGAAGCUACAUGUAAUCAUGAAAAAAAUGACAAAAAUGUGGCAGCUUCUAGUGCUCAGCAUGAUGGAGAAACUAAACCUGUUUUGCCUUGUAAUGUGGAAGAAACUGAUAAAGCAAAUAUGAAUGAGGAAACCACAGCAUCCACUUCAGAUGCAGUUCAGUUACCUAGUCAAAAUAAAACAAAUUCUUGUAAUACCUCUGGAUCUACUCCAGUUCUUACAAGCUUACUCACUCAUGGCAAUUCCGAAAACCCUGACACGAGGUUAUUAGAAUCUCCUCACUCCUUCCGGACAACCCAAACAAAUCCCAUUUCCAGUAUCCCACAAUCUUCGAUUACAUCCACAAGUCAAAACAUGGAAAAUGUGUUACCUGAUGUGAACAUGGUUCCACCAGUAGGCCAUAGUUUUUCACAAGGAACUGCAGUAAAUUCAGGCUUUAUUUCUGGCCAGCCCCUCAAUCCCAGUUUAGGGGUAGGGCAGCCUGGAAGCCAAACAGGGCCUGUGGUAAAUAGGCCUGCUCCUGGUGGCAUUCCUGGUCCUCAGCAGCUGGUGCUUUCUCAGACAUUGGUCCAACAGCAGAAUCGGGAGAGGCCUCUGCUUUUGGAAGAGCAGCCUCUCUUGCUACAAGAUCUUUUGGAUCAAGAAAGGCAAGAGCAGCAGCAGCAACGACAGAUGCAAGCCAUGAUUCGCCAGCGGUCUGAACCAUUUUUCCCUAACAUUGAUUUUGAUGCAAUUACUGAUCCUAUAAUGAAGGCGAAAAUGGUAGCUCUGAAAGGGAUCAAUAAAGUUAUGGCACAGAACAAUAUGGGGAUGCCACCAUUGGUCAUGAACAGAUUUGCCUUUAUGGGUCAGACAGGACCUGGAGCCCAGAGCAGUGAAGGCCAGCAUUUAAUACCACAAGCAGUUACACAGGAUGGUAACCUAACACCUCAGAUGUCUAGACCAAAUCCUCCAAAUUUUGGUCCUGGAUUUGUAAAUGAUUCAUAUAGAAAGCAGUACGAAGAAUGGCUACAAGAAACUCAGCAGCUUCUCCAAAUGCAGCAGAAGUAUCUCGAAGAGCAAAUUGGAGCACACCGAAAAUCAAAGAAAGCCCUCUCUGCAAAGCAGCGCACAGCCAAGAAAGCUGGACGUGAGUUCCCAGAGGAGGAUGCAGAGCAGCUGAAACACGUCACUGAGCAGCAGAGCAUGGUUCAAAAACAGCUUGAACAGAUACGAAAGCAGCAGAAAGAGCAUGCAGAGCUGAUUGAAGAAUACCGGAUAAAACAGCAGCAGUCUGGAAUGGGACCCCAUUCAGGGAUGCCAGGCCUUGCUUCGCAGCCCCCCAUGGUCCCUGGAGGGUCAUCACCAGCCAUAGGCCAGCAGAAUUUCCCAAUGAUAUCCCAGCAGCUUCAGCAUCCACAGCACAAAGUUGGCCAACCCAAUCCACCCAGAAUCCCAUGCUUGCCCAGCUGGCAACCUCCAAAUACUCCAGUACUUUUCUCCCACAAUGCACCACGAAUGCCGCCUUCAGUUCCCCAGCUGCCAGUUAAUCCUGGGACACCUGCUCCUGUGUUAGCCCCCAGCCCCAGUGUGCAGUCCGGCCCCCCACCUCGUGUGGAGUUUGAUGACAAUAACCCAUUUAGCGAAAGCUUCCAGGAACGAGAGAGAAAAGAGCGUUUGCGGGAGCAGCAGGAAAGGCAACGAAUCCAGCUUAUGCAGGAAGUGGAUCGACAGAGAGCACUGCAACAGAGGAUGGAAAUGGAGCAGCAUGGCACAGUGAGCUCCGAAUUAAGUGCUAGAACAUCCUUCCCUCAAAUAACUUACCUCGGUUCAGAUCGAACUUGUGAUUUUAUGAGACCACCACAGCCCCUUCAGCAGUCUCCGCAGCAACCACCACCACCACCACAGCAGCAGAUAGGAACUAUUUUGCAACCAGGGCCCUUAAACUCUCCUCCCACUCCCAGUUUUCCACCAUGCAGUGAGCAGCUGCAGGCAGGAUCUUCCCCUUUUGCACCUGAUUCAGUCCCAGUUCAAGGUGGAAGCUCUGCUUACCAUUCUGCUAAGCAGUCCCACGGAAGUAUUUCUGGAGUCAGCUUUACCCAGUCCUUGCCUAGGCCCCAGUUUGCCAGUGGUGUGCCUGCAGUUUCUCCAGGAACUAGCAGUGGUCUGGCCUGCGGUCAGGACUCCAGCCUGCCACCUGGAACAAACUUUGCUGGGACAAAUCCAGCAAACCAGUCUCUGAUUCAACUGUAUUCUGAUAUCAUUCCUGAGGAGAAGGGCAAAAAGAAAAGAACAAGAAAGAAGAAAAAAGAGGAUGACACUGACUCUGUGAAUACACCAUCAACGCCUCAUUCAGAUAUAACUGCUCCUCCAACUCCAGUUGUUGGGGAAGCUGGGUCCACCCCAACUCUUAGCACUCCUGGGGAGCUUGCACGCAACUCGGGAGAAACGGAGAAAGAAGAGCUGCCAGAUGCAGCAACACCAAAUGCUGCAGAGGGUGAGCCAUCCUUAGAGCUGAAAGCUCAACUUGCUGAAAGCAAUUUGCCACAAAACGAACUCCCUGAACCGUCGAGUCUAAACCCAGAAACGGACACAGCCAAGGCCGAUAUCUCUGCAAACCUUCAAGAAAUUGGACCAGAAAAGGCAGAAGUUGAUCAGUGCUCCAGUCAAACUGUGUCUAAGAUGAAGACUGAAAGGGAUGUUGACGUGGAAGAUGAUAAAGCUGCCAUUCAGCUUUCCCCUCCUGCACAGAAUCUGGCACCACCUGCCAACACCCCACCUGCAAAAGUGGAGUCAGGGAAUGAACUCCUCAAACACCUGCUUAAGAACAAAGCAGCCGCCAGUCAUGUCAGUCAGAAAUCAGAAAGCAGCUUCCACCUUCCAGAGAAUGCUGAGGAGAAUAAAUUAAUCGAAAAACAGGAAUUGGCUGAAAGCAGCAUGCCAUUAGGGAACCCAUUGCAAGGCUCAUUAAGUUGUGGUAAUAGCCAAGUUCAGAGAUCAGAUUUAGGACAAGAAAUGAAGAAACAGAGAAACAAACGAACUCAGAGGACAGGUGAAAAAGCAACAUCUCGGCCUAAAAGGAAAAAAAAAGAGGAGGAAGAAAAACAGACUGUUUUUCCUAACACAGAAACCUUCAUGCAGUUGAAACAGCAACUCUCCUUGCUGCCUUUAAUGGAGCCAAUGAUUGGAAUGAGCUUCGCCCACUUCCUCCCAUAUGGUAGCAGUCAUCAGAGUAGUGGAAGUCGACUUGUGGGAACUUUCGGUAGUGCUACGCUUGAUGGGGUAUCUGAUUACUAUUCUCAGCUAAUCUACAAGCAAAAUAAUCUCAGUAAUCCACCUACACCUCCAGCAUCCCUUCCUCCUACACCUCCACCUGUGACUUGCCAAAAAAUUGUGAAUGGAUUUGCAACAACUGAAGAACUUGCUACCAAAGCUGGAAUGUUGGGAGGAUCUGAUGCUUUAGGUUCAAAGCAGUUUCAGCUGCCUUUCAGGCCACAGGAUGAUUUGUUAGCCAGGGCCAUAAUUCAGGGUCCUAAGAGUGUGGAUGUCCCUGCUUCUCUUCCAACCCCGCCUCAUAACAAUCAUGAAGAGCUCAGGAUUCAGGAUCCUUGUGAUGAUAGAGAAAGUCCAGAUAGCUUUGUUCCUUCUUCUUCCCCUGAGAGCGUCAUGGGCAUGGAAAUAAGCAGGUACCCAGAUCUAUCAGCAGUAAAAGAAGAGAUGCCACAGUCCGUUCCAUCUCCUGUCAUUCCAAUUCUGCCAACAAGUUCUGGAAAGGGUUCAGAGGCAAAGCAAAAUUUCAUCAAAAUGGAGCCUUGUUCAACUUUCUUCAGUUCUCAACUUGGACUUGCCCCAAAUAACACAGAAUCUGGGCUUGUGUCCAUUGCCAUUACUUUGCAUCCUACAGCUGCAGAGAAUAUUGGUAGUGUGGUGGCUGCGUUCUCCAAUCUUCUGCAUGUCAGAAUUCCAAACAGCUAUGAAAUUAGCACUGCAUCUGAUGCUCCAUCAUCCAUCGGAAUAAUGAAUCCACACAGAACUAAUCCAGCAUUUGAGUACAGGCAACAUGUACUACUUCAUGGUCCUCAGUCAGGAACCUUUGGCCCUCCUGGACUGACAGGGCCUUAUGGACUCAAGCCACACAACGCCCCAUUUUUAUCAAGCGGAAAUGUUUUGUCAGGUUAUAAAGCACAAAGUCCAAAUGUUGUGGAUGGUUCAGCAUUAAGGUCACAGUGGUGUUCUCAUUGUAAAGUGGUAGUACUGGGGAGUGGAGUACGAAAAUCUUUCAAAGAACUACAUUUCCUGAAACAGGAUUCCAAGGAAAAGUCUGAGAGAAUAGAGAAAGACAUUGUCUUCUGUAGUAACAAUUGCUUAGUUCUUUAUUCAGCCUCCAUGCAAGCAAAAAGUUCAGAAAGCAAGGAAUCUGUCCCUCCUGAAAUCCAAUUUCCAAUGAAAGAACCUCCAAAAAGUUUCCACCAAUAUAGUACCAACAUCUCCACGUUUGACGUUCACUGCCUCCCUCAACUGCAGGAAAAGAAUUCUCCCCCCUCAUCACCCCUCAUUAUUUUUCCUCCUGCCUUUGAAGCUGCCAAAGUGGAGCCCAAACCAGAAGAACUUAAGGUAACCGUGAAAUUGAAACCCCGCUUAAGAACUGUUCCCAAUGGCCUUGAUGACUGUCGACCGGCGAACAAGAAAUGGAAAGGAAUGAAAUGGAAAAAAUGGAAUGUACAGAUUGUGAUUCCUAAAGGAACGUUCAAACCCACUUGUGAAGAGGAGAUAGAUGAGCUUCUCAAGAAACUGGGCACAACCCUUAAACCUGAUCCUGCCCUGAAAGACUACCGAAAGUGCUGUUUCUGCCAUGAAGAGGGUGAUGGGCUAACUGAUGGACCAGCCAGGCUUCUGAAUCUGGAUUUAGACCUCUGGGUUCAUUUGAACUGUGCUCUUUGGUCUACUGAGGUCUAUGAGACACAAGCUGGUGCCUUAAUCAAUGUUGAGCUUGCUCUGAGAAGGGGCUUGCAAAUGAAAUGCGUGUUCUGCCACAAGAUGGGUGCUACCAGCGGCUGCCACAGGUUAAGGUGUACCAAUGUUUAUCACUUCACCUGUGCCAUUAAAGCACAAUGCAUGUUUUUCAAAGACAAAACUAUGCUUUGCCCAAUGCACAAACCGAAGAGCACUCAUGAGCAAGAACUCAGUUAUUUUGCGGUCUUCAGGCGAGUCUACGUCCAACGGGAUGAAGUCCGACAGAUCGCUAGCAUCGUACAGAGGGGGGACCGUGAGCACACCUUCCGGGUGGGGAGCCUGAUCUUCCACAGUAUCGGUCAGCUGCUGCCCCACCAGAUGGUUGCCUUCCACUCUUCAAAGGUGCUCUACCCAGUAGGGUUUGAGGCCAGCCGGUUGUAUUGGAGCAUACGAUACACUAACCGCCGUUCCCGCUACCUGUGUUCCAUUGAAGAGAAGGAUGGCUUCCCCUUGUUUGUGAUCAGGGUGAUUGAGCAAGGACACGAAGAUAUGAUUCUGACCGGCCUGACUCCAGAAGAUGUUUGGGAUAAAAUCCUUGAGCCUGUUGCAUCUAUACGGAAAACCUCCGAAAUGCUCCAGCUAUUCCCUGUGUAUCUCAAGGGCGAAGAUCUUUUUGGCCUGACUGUCUCUGCAGUGGCUAGAAUAGCUGAAUCACUUCCUGGGGUUGAGGCCUGUGAGCGUUACACCUUCCGUUAUGGCCGAAACCCCCUCAUGGAGCUGCCUCUCGCCAUCAACCCCACUGGCUGCGCUCGUUCUGAGCCCAAAAUGAGCAGCCAUGUCAAGAGGUUUGUGUUAAGGCCUCAUACCUUGAAUAGCACCAGCACUUCAAAGUCAUUUCAGAGCACAGUGACAGGAGAACUAAAUGCACCUUACAGUAAGCAGUUUGUUCAUUCAAAGUCUUCUCAGUAUCGGAAAAUGAAGACUGAAUGGAAGUCCAAUGUCUACUUGGCACGAUCGCGUAUUCAGGGCCUGGGUUUAUAUGCUGCUAGAGACAUUGAAAAGCACACUAUGGUAAUUGAAUAUAUUGGAACCAUCAUUCGCAAUGAAGUAGCCAACAGGAAGGAGAAGCUUUAUGAAUCUCAGAAUCGUGGAGUAUACAUGUUCCGCAUUGAUAAUGAUCAUGUUAUUGAUGCCACAUUGACUGGAGGUCCUGCAAGGUACAUUAACCAUUCCUGUGCACCCAACUGUGUGGCUGAAGUGGUAACCUUUGAACGGGGACAUAAAAUCAUAAUUAGCUCUAACCGGAGAAUCCAGAAAGGGGAAGAGCUGUGUUAUGAUUAUAAAUUUGAUUUUGAAGAUGACCAGCACAAGAUUGCAUGUCACUGUGGGGCUGUAAACUGCCGAAAAUGGAUGAACUAGAUGCAUUCCUUACUCUCUCUGAGGGCUGCGUGUCCCAAGGAAGAAGUGAUUUUUGAUGCUGUUCAUUUGCAGGGUGGGGAUGUGUUAUGUGUAUGAAAACAAUCACUUCUCUCAAGUUAUCUCUUCUACUCCAGUGUAAAGUGAGCACCAGAAGCCAGCUGGCAGAAUAUGGAGUUAGGCCUGGCUUCCAGGCACCCAGAAUGGAAACUGAUCUCCAGACCAGUCCAGCACUUUUGAUUUCAUUAAAAGAUAAAUUUCUUUUCACUAAAGAGAAAUCAGACUCGGGCAGAGAAGCUGUGGCUGACCUGCUGAAGGGCAGUGGGGCACUAAUGAAUGUAGACUGAAAUCACCAGCGUAAGGGAG